GCGUGGGGUGAUAUUUCUGGAAGGAGCUGACUCGCUGAAGUACUACUAGUACAUUGUCUUAUUUAAAAGGUUAACUUCCAGACAGAUUGAGUGCAUUUGAACUUUUUUAACGAUUCACAGAUAUCACAAAAACCGACUGAACCCUUGAAAACAUGGCCGAAAGCGACUGGGAUACGGUGACUGUGUUGAGGAAGAAGGGCCCUACUGCUGCCCAGGCCAAGUCCAAACAGGCAAUCACUGCUGCUCAGAGACGCGGGGAGGAUAUUGAGACGACUAAAAAAUGGUCUGCAGGACAGAACAAGCAGCACCUCGUGACCAAAAAUACUGCCAAACUGGACAGGGAGACAGAGGAGCUACACCACGAGAGGGUUCCUUUGGAGGUGGGCAAGGUCAUUCAGCAAGGCAGACAGGAGAAGGGAAUGACCCAGAAAGACCUCGCCACAAAAAUUAACGAGAAGCCUCAAGUGAUUGCCGACUACGAAAGCGGGAAGGCGAUACCCAGCAACCAGGUCAUGGGAAAAAUUGAGCGAGUCAUUGGGCGAAAGCUGCGUGGGAAAGAUAUUGGCCAACCCCUGGAGGCCAAACCCAAGACGAAAUGAACACAAAGCCUCGAAAUCAGCCCUCCCCAUCCCCAUAUCUGGCCCCUAACUUACCCCUGAAUCCUUUCCAAGGAUUCCUUGGAAACCUCUUCCAAGAAAUCCCUAUUCCUGUAACCCAUCUCCCAUCCCACCCAGCCAAACAUCCCACUUCUCCUCUCUCUCCAACCCUCUCCCUUACCUGGGCUGAUCUCACCUGCGUCCUGCCUGAGGACCUGGUGAUCGACUGUAUCACAGGCUGCGUACGAACCUGCAACACUUAAUGUAAAACAAACAUGAUUGAAUGCAUUUUU